AUAGAGUGAAAAAGAAAACAACUGCAACUUUUAUGGAUAUCUCGCAUCAGGGUCGCUUCGAGCUCCAACGGUCGAUCUACAAGUAUUCUCUCUGGUUUUCUAUCUAUGACGCUUCUCAUCCUUCCGCGCUUUCACUUCUUCCCCUCCUCCUACUCCUCCUUUUCCCCUUCCCCAGUUAGGCCUUGCCGUUUCUUCUCUGCAGCUGCGAGCACACAGGUAGAUAUUGAGAGGAAAAAGUACGACAAUGUGGCUCUGUUGUGGUUCAAGCACGAUCUCCGCUCCGACGAUCACCCGGGCCUUGUCGCCGCUUCCAAUCGUCAGACUGUUGUUCCUCUUUACAUCUUCGAUCACCGCAUCCUCUCUCGUUUUUCUGAUGAGAUGCUGGAACUGGUUCUAUUGGCUUUGGAAGAUUUAAGAGAGUGGUUGAAGUCUCAUGGGUCUAAUCUGAUGAUCAGGUUCGGUAGGGCGGAGAAUGUUAUACCGGAACUCGUACAAGAGGUGAAAGCUACCCAUGUAUUUUCAGAGGAGGAAGUGGAGUAUGACCUUCGUACGAUGAUUGAUAUCGUUGAAGGCUCGUUGUCGUCCGUGACUUUUUCUUGGGGUAGCCCUCAACUUGUGCGUUGGCAGACUCCUUUUUAUGAUAUCAAGAACUUGAUGGAGCUACCAGCAUCGUACUGGGACUUCAAAAAACUCCAAUACCCCGUCACUACUCCAAUGGCACCUCCAUAUGUACCUGGUGUGAGCAUGGAAUUGAAUUGGGGUACCAUUCCUACAUUUGCUGAUGUGAAGAUAUUUAUGAUUGGAAACCCACACGAGUCAAAAAAUAGUUGGACUUCAAUCAAGAAAAUUUCUGCUAAAACAAUUUUAGGGAAAGAACGUAUCAGUGCCGAUCAAAGCAUGAGAAAUGUAAAUUCAGUUGAGAACAGUCGUAGCAAUUUGGAUUCCAAGAACAUCCAAAUGACACGGUCGCAAAAUUCUGUUUUUCUCUCAAGAAAAGGGAACCUAAUUGGAUGUGGGACAGAUAUUUUAUUAAAUACAUUAGCUGCAUAUCUGAGAUAUUCGGAAGGAACAGCUAGGGAUGACUGGCAAGAGGUGCAUGAGAAAUUACGUAAUGCUGAAAUUAGGAGUGGAGCUUCAUUUGGUGCUCUGUUUGGUUCAGCCCUUUCUGUUGGUAUCAUAUCAAGAAGAAAAGUAUAUUUUGAAGCAAUUAAGUAUGAGAAAGAACGAAAUGCAGGGUUUCUAUCUCCUUUUGGAUACUCAGCAGCCACUGUUGCUGCAGCAGCUAAUGCUGUCUGCUCAAUGGAGUGGUAUUGGCUUACGGCUUUGAGAAGCCAGAUUUGCAGUGAAGGAAGAUAUUCUGUUAGGAUAUGGAGAUGGAAUGGCUAUUUAAUUCAGUAUACAGUUGUUGGUCAUGAAGGUCCUGCUGUACUUCUUGUACAUGGGUUCGGUGCAUUUUUGGAGCAUUACCGUGAUAAUAUAGAUGCAAUAGCUGAUGGAGGAAAUCAGGUUUGGGCAAUUACUCUUCUGGGUUUUGGUAAAUCAGAAAAGCCAAACAUUGUAUACACUGAACUCAUGUGGGCAGAACUGCUAAGAGAUUUUAUAGUUGACGUUGUGAAAGAACCAGUAUAUCUAGUUGGAAACUCAAUUGGUGGCUAUUUUGCUGCUAUUGUUACCGGACUUUGGCCUGCCUUGGUCAAGUCUGUUGGCCUAAUCAAUACUGCAGGUUCAGUUGAUCCAGGAUAUUCUUCUUUUCCAGUCACUAAAGAAGGACGUGUAUCAGGUGGGGUUGCAUGGUUUGGUAGUCGACUCCUACUACUGUAUUUGAGGUUGACUGUAGGGAACAUAGUGAAGGACUGCUAUCCAUCGAACACAGAGCGAGCUGAUGAUUGGCUUAUUGAUGAAAUGAUAAGAGCAUCACAUGAUCCUGGUGUGCUGCCUGUUCUGGAAAGUGUCUUCAACUUCAACCUAGCGAUUCCUCUCAAUUAUCUCUUGGAAUCAUUUGGGGGAAAGGUCUUAAUUGUACAGGGUUUGAAAGAUCCCCUUACCAAUUCCAAGUUAAAAGUCUCUAUGUUUAGGGAGCAUUGCAAUGGUGUUGUGAUCAGAGAAUUGAAUGCUGGACAUUGCCCUCACGAUGAGCAGCCAGAUGAAGUAAAUUCUAUUUUGUGCAAAUGGAUUAAAACCGUUGAAAGCAACCUUUUGCUCUGUUGAAGGCAUUUUGGUUUAAUACACCAUUCUAUUUAUCGGUUGUGAUUGCUCAAGAAUGUAAAACAAGAAAAGAUUCCGUGGUCAUUGAUCCAAUUGAAAAAUCUUGGUCUAGCACAUUCUCACCACUAUAAGUACUUGUCUUUGAAAGAAGUCAGCAAGGUGGAGGUCAAAUUCUGUCUUGUGAUUUCAAUCUCAUUUCAGUUGACAGCAUUGCCUUUUCAACUACUAAGUAUUCAAUGGUUUACCCAGUCUAUUGCUGCCUU